AUGGAAUCACAAUACUUCUUUGAAGUCACACCCCCUGGCUACUCUUACUUGACCUAUCUGCUGUCACCCCCAACGCCACCAGAGCCCAUCGAGGACCACUGGACUUCUGAGGAGAAUGAGAUCUUUGAGAGAUGCAUUGCGGAGCUUGACCACCUGUCUAGGGACUUCUUCGAGAACAUUGCACUGAGGAUCCCCGAAAAGAGCGUAGGGCAGAUCCAGAGGCACUUCGAGGCACUGGUCAAGGACGUCGAGAACAUCGAUGCUGGUCGAGUGCCGAUCCCCGACUAUGAUGGAUCUGAGAGCAAGGUUGAUGAGAAGGAAAAGCCAAGCGAUGAGCCAGAGAAGGAAAAGCCGAGCGAUGAGCCAUUGGAGGAGGAUCAAAGCACUCCGCAGACCACAAAGAAGAGGGGAAUCGCUUGGAGCAGGGAAGAGCAUGAGUAUGACUCUUUGCCUCAAUUCAUGCUUGUGUACUAG